UACAAGUCUCUUCCGUGUUCUUUAAUACUGCCUUGUUAGACUUUUUGUACAGUUCUUUUCUUUAUUUAUACUGUAUUCUCUAUAGUCAAAACAGUUUUAUAUGAAAAGACAAGUUCAAAAACAUAAUCUAGAUAUCUAUUUCCUGAUGUCUUUCACUCAAGGAGCUCCACAAGAUGACACAGAAAACCAGCUGGACAAUUCAUGCCUCACAAGGAAUUCCAGCUUUGUGAUUCCAAGCUCCUAUAACAGUUGCACUAUUCAUUAUCAUUUUAAUAAUGCCUUGUUCUCUUCCUUUUAUAUUACAAUCAUUCUGAUUAGCAUUCCAGCAAACUUAUUUUCAUUGUAUGUGUCUUACAAACAAAUUAAGAGAAAAAAUGAACUGGGGGUCUAUCUUCUUAAUUUAUCUCUGGCAGACCUGAUGUACACAAUGGUUUUGCCAAUUUGGGUGGAUUUUGCUCUGAAGGAUGUUUGGAGUUAUGGAAUUUUCAUUUGUCAGCUUUGUGUAUUUGUGAUGUAUACCAAUAUCUACAGUAGUGCAGCCUUUUUGUGUUGCAUUUCAUUAGACAGAUAUCUGGCUGUUGUUCACCCACUGAGAUAUUUCUUUUUGAGGACAGUGAAAAACGCGGGAUACAUCAGUGUUAUCAUCUGGGCAACAGGACUCUUGUGCAAUGUGUUAAUUUUGAAUAUUGAGGAGACAUAUACUUGUGAAGAGUUUUAUUUAAUUUGCUUUGACUUACACCCUCUGCCUGCAUGGAAAGCAAAAUUUAAUUUUAUCCGAUUCUUCGCAGGCUUCCUUUUACCAUCAUUGCUGAUAAUGUUCUGCUGCCAAGGAAUUUACAGAGCCGUAAAAAGCAACAGAGCCACAGUAGAUUGUGAAAAGAGAAAAAUUAAUAAGUUGCUCUUCAGCAUAAUGAUAAUGUUUUUGUUCUGCUUUGCCCCAUUUCAUGUAAUUAUGGUGAUCCGUAGUGCACUGGAACAAGAAAACUGUGAUUUUGCCCAAAUACUGUUUUAUCCCCACAAAAUUUCUGUGGCUCUCUCUGCCUUGAACUGUGUUGUUGAUCCUUUUCUCUACUGUUUUGUAAGCACCCAUGGCAGGAUGGAAGUUCUAAAUAUAGUGCUCUUUAGGAAAAAAUGUUCUUUCUCAAGCCAAGGGAAAGAGUUAGAGCCCACAGCUUGAAACGCAUGUUAUUUUGUUCAUGUUCUGCAAAAUAAGUCAGGCGUCAUUUAUAUUAAAAUGUAUAAAAUGUAUAAUGUACCUUAACCCUUUUGAAACAUCAUAAAACUGUUGUCAUGGUCUCUAAUGUUGGUCAAUUGAAUUGGUCCAUUGAAUUUUUUUCUUGGUUUUUUUUUAAACUCUUUGUUGUGUUUUAUUAUUCAUUAUGGUUUUUGAUACCUUUUUUUGUAAUGUCACAUUGUUAAAAAUUAAGAAUUCACAUUUUUCCUACUUACUAUA